UCCACCGCGCUGCUCGGCGAGAAGGUGACAGGGGACGGCGAAAAUGGCCUCUGCCUAUCUUACUCAUCAGCAGAAAGUGCUACGGCUUUACAAGAAAUCUUUAAGACACCUCGAAUCAUGGUGUAUAUUUAGAGAUAAAUACCGUUUCUAUGCCUGCAUGCUGCGGGCGCGCUUUGACGAGAAUAAGAGUGAGAAGGACAUGUUUAAGGCUACCAUGAUGCUGAAAGCGGGGGAGGAGGAGUUCUGGUCCAACCAGCAUCCUCAGCCUUACAUCUUCCCCGACUCUCCAGGAGGGACCUCCUAUGAAAGAUAUGAGCGCUACAAGGCUCCCGAGUGGGUGCUGGACCACUGGCACCCCUCAGAGAAGGCCAUGUACCCUGACUACUUCUCUAAGAGGGAGCAGUGGAAGAAGCUGAGAAUGGAGAGCUGGGAGAAAGAGGUUGCUCAGCUGGAAGCCGAGACUCCAGCUGGUGGUCCGAGGUCCGAAGCCCUCCCCCCUGCUCGCAAGGAGGGCGACCUCCCCCCUCUGUGGUGGCAGUAUGUCACCCGCCCCAGGGAGCGCCCCACAUAAAUACCUCAUCUUUCCUGGGGUCAGUCAAUCCUGUAAUCUGAGGGGAAAUUAUCCCAUUCAUAACACCAAGGCUGACCUGUUUUUACCACCUGUCUGAGUCAUUUCUGAAAUGGUUCACCUAUGCAGGUAGAAUGACGAAGAAUCCAUCAAGACUCAAUCCAUUGACUCUUCAGUAAUCUGAUUUAGGUGGCAGGUGACUGAGAAGACCUGUAAAUGUUCCACUUGAUAUCUUUAAUAGUUUCAAUAAAUAUAUGUGUGAUAAA